CCGCAACAUACAGUCCAGGAACACCUCACGUAUACCGAUACCCCACAUUACCGUUACUUACCUAGAGUGAGAGUUUCGUGCUCCACUGAUAAUCGAGAUGGCGGAAUCAGUCCCCAAACAGAUAACUUACUGCGGAGUCUGCAGCUUACCGCCUGAAUACUGCGAAUUCGGUGGUACUGUUAAGAAAUGCGAAGAUUGGCUCAAAGAGCAUCAUCCGAGUCUACACGGAAAGCUCUACUCACAAGAGGCCAUUGAGCAAAACCUCUCCACCCUCUCCCUCGAAGCCCAGAAACGCGCCGAAAAGGACUCCCAGAAGAAGGCGGCCAAAGCCGCCGCCUCGGAGGCUCGCGCCCAGGAGCAGCGCGACAACUCCAAGGUCCUCAUCAAGCGGAUCGAGAGGAACAAGCGCAAAUACGUGACCGCCGUUCAGGGGCUCGAGGCCUUCGGCCUCGACAUCAAGAAGGUGGCCAAGGACUUCGGCAAGAAGUUUGCGACGGGCAGUAGCGUGACGAAGAUUCCAGGAGGUGGGGAGGAGAUCACGGUGCAGGGCGACUUGAGCGACGACAUCUAUGACUACGUGGUGGAGACUUACAAGGACAUCCCGGAGGACAAUGUCGAGUGUAUAGAGGACAAGAAGAAGAAGGCUGCCGGAUGAGGUGUGGCUACUUUCGCCUGAAUGAUGGGAGGGGAUAUACGGUGGCCAGCGAGCCGACAUUGGCCUGAAGAGCGAGAACGCCAGCGCAGCAGAGGCUACGAGAUAUGAGCAUGAGAUGAACCACGGAGAAAUAUGAUGGAAUGGGCUCAGGAAACGCAAGGAUUCUAGCCAUUCGAAGCAUUUGAAGGCCCUAAAUGGGAAAAGAUUGUGUUGCGGAGCUCAAUGUCUUCUCCAUUCUCCGAUCAUUCAAGGCUCGGAGUGAGUGGAAGAAAAUACAUUGGCUCUUAUUCAUCAUUAGCUGGCAAGACUAGACAAACAAAUUAUGAGAACAAGAAAGAACAUUUGAG